UCUACUUCGCCCCCACGACAAGAAAUUCUCAUUCUCUCUCUCUCCCCAUUUCCAUCUUUCUCUCUCUAUAUAAUCUUUAAACUUCUGGGGGUUUCCCUUCUUUCACAAUCUCUCUCUCUCUCUCUCUCUCUCUCUCGAAGUUACAACAAAGUCUCUGCAAAAAGAGUUUUACUUUACUUCUGUGGGGAGAUCUUCACAAUCUGUUUCUUAAUCUUUCCUUCUUUCUCUCCAUUUAUUUUCAUUCCGACCCGGAUCCGUAACCAGCUCUCAGAUACCCGACCAAGUCUUCUUCCUCUUCAACAGAGUUUUUAAAAGUCACACACCGCGUUGACCUCCUUCGUCUGGUCUCCCCACUCCUCCAAUUUCCUCUUAAAAACUUGGAACAACAUCACAAAGUUUCAAUCUUUUUAUCUUUGGUUCUCCUCUUUCCUUCUCUUUCUCUGUCUAUGUGUUUGUUUAGGACUCUCUAACUGAUUAGGAAGUUAGAGAGAAUUAAAAAGCCAUCGAAUUUUGGUAACAAGCAAAUGGCGAGCCGGACGGGUCAGAAAAUCCGGUUAGUCAAGUGUCCCAAGUGCUUAAAGAUUCUUCAAGAAGACGAAGAUGUUCCUGUUUAUCAGUGUGGUGGUUGUUCCGCCAUUCUUCAAGCGAAAAGGCGGAACAUUGCUCCAAACAGUACACCAAGUGCAGUAGAGACAGAGAGGGCUCAAGCCAAUGAGCCACCAAGGGAACCUGAAACCAACAAUGUGUCCAGCAACUCGGGGCAGGACACAGUUCUUCCAUCACCCAUUGAGUCUACGGAGAAGGAGCUUGGUGACUUGGAGUUAUCUAAUGGGAAUGAGACAAAUGAAAUUCAACAGCAGGAAUGUUCACUUGGUGAUGAUUCUGAGAAGAAUGAAGGAGAAGACAACUCCAGAUUGAAGUCUGAUAUGAUGAACACCAUGUCAGAAGCUGCUGGAUCUGGGGCUAGCUCUGGAUACUUGAGUGUUGAUCAUGUGGUGGCUGGAAGAGCGAGUAAUUCAUCUGGUAAUGUUGAGAUCUCACCUGAUGCCUCCCCUGUUGAAGAGAAGCAAAGCCCACUUGAUUAUCCUGCAAACAAGACUCCUUCUGCUUAUGAUUUGGUGGCUGUAAAAGCGAGUAAUUCAUCUGAUAAUGUUGAGAUCUCACCUGGUGCCUCCCCUGUUGAAGAGAAGCAGAGCCCACUUGAUUAUCCUGCAAACAAGACUCCUUCUGCUUAUGAUUUGGUGGCUGGAAGAGCGAGUAAUUCAUCUGGUAAUGCUGAGAUCUCACCUGAUACUUCCCCUGUUGAAGACAAGCAAAGCCAACUUGAUUAUCCUGCUAACAAGACUUCUUCUGCUUAUGAUGGGAGUGAGUCUUCAUCUGAAGAAAUGGAAGACCAACUUCUCGAUGAAGACCAACAACAGUGGAAAACUUUUCAGAAAAUAAGAUCAGACAAAUUUGAGAUGCCUAGAUACCCUGGGAACUAUAAGGAGGAAGGUGCUAGUUCCUCCUCCACUUUCUUUGAUAAUAGGCGCAAUGGGAUUACCACAUACAACGAACGGCCUCAGCCGAACAUGUCUCUUCAACUAGAGAGACGAGGAGGGCGUCUUGGCACACAAGGGAGGAGACAUGUGACAGAACAACUUCGGCCUGAAGUGCCUUUCUAUCCGAGAGAACCAUACACACGUCUAAGCCCUUCAUAUCCAUCACAUGAUGAGUUUGACCGCUAUUCCCGUGCACACUCGCUUCAAAUGCCUCCAUACGGUGGAGGCAUGAACCACGAAUUUGUUGACUAUAUGUAUUCCAACAACCCAAGGGCAAGAGGUCGGGGCCAAGGGAGUAGGAUCUCGGGAGAGAUGGCAAGUGACAGAAGGAACCAUCCCGGUUGGUCUUCAGGUCAGCUUCAUAAUUCUAAUUACAGUUCAUAUUCCGCAAGUCCACAGAGACCAAUGGAACAAUCUGAGUAUCAACCGAGAUGGAGCCACGAGAUAGUCUCAGAUGUUGAGGAUCAUCAUCAGCGUAAUAGACAUGCUAAUCACCUCCAUGAGCUACAGAACCGUCGUUUUAAAGAGAGACAACGUGUGGCCAAGCGUCAUGUCCGUCCAACAGCCGGUGGGGCACCUUUCGUCAGCUGUUACAGGUGCUCAGAAAACCUGCAGCUUCCUGUAGACUUUCUCAUCUUCAAGAGGAAGCAUCAUCUUCUCAGAUGCGGCACUUGCACCACUGUUCUCAGAUUCUCACUUCAAUCGAGAACUCAUUUAGUUCCUGCCGUAACACAUGACACUGAUGUUCAUAGGAGUAGCAGUUCAACAGCAGAGUCUCCCAGAGACGGAGCUCCCUCCCAACCCGAAAAGCUGAGCUCCUCUGUUCAGGAUGAGGAGCUACCUGCGGCUAGAGGCUCUCCGCUUCACCGACUAAUGGGAUAUUCUACUGUAAGCCAAGUCUUUAAAGCUUCACAACGUCCACCUUCUGUAUAGAUCUCUGCUUCUGAUGAAGCAACGAGAACUAUAUGCUUCUGAGUUGGGAAGUUUUGCCAUUGGUUUAUCAUUCUUUUUUGCACAUCUGUGUAUAGGUAAAAAAAAUAUGUUUCUGCACUUUUGUUUAAAGUAGAAACCAUGACACUUGUGCAAAAUUAUACAAAAAAGAAGAAGAUAUUGCUCAUCUGUUGUAUAUAUAAUCAUGAUAUGUUUGUAACAAGAUUGAAUUCAUCAUCA